GCUGCGUUUCCGGCCCCGCCUCCCUUCGAGCCGAAGCCCAGCCUUCCUUUGAGGAGACCCCGCCUCUGACAGGUUACGGGGGCGGGGCCAGGUUGUGCAAAGAUGGGAGAGAGGGCAGUCAGUUAGAGCGUCUCUCGCCACAGCUGUGCGUUCCUCUCUUCUGUUCUCAGUCGUCUUUUCCUAUCCGGCAGAAGGAUACAAAGAAAGGGAGACACCAUGAAAUAGAGACGUAGUAUGAACGCGUCGGGGACAACAGAAGGACGAGAGCAACCGAACCGGACAACAGUCUAGCCCCGGACACGGAUACUAUUAUCCCCGGAGCUUCUCCGAUGAGUGCACUGGAUUUUACCCACCAAAGAGCGUCGAGACCGGGGGGGAGUGGGGCGGACAUUAUCGCGCAGGACUGACGGGCUUUCACAGAAGCUCAUGGACAAAACUUUGCACAUUCUCCAGAAAUCCACAGAUGGUGUGCCGACCGGGAUCACCCUGGAUGUGAGUUUGAAUAUGGACGAAGGGGAAGAUUUCACGGAGCAACAGAUUGUGGGGCUCUCGGACAAAAUACCUCUGGUGAAACCUUAUUUCAAGAAGAAACAAAGGAAAUUGGAUGCCAAAUGCCUCCACCGAGCCCUGGAGGAUCCUAUACUGACUACUUUGCUGAGCACAGAUACGCUGGUCUCCGGGGAUGGGGUGUUUGUUCCCCGGAACCAGCCGGGCCGGACUCCGGGGAAUUUGUGCGCAGCGGCUGUAGUGAAACAGAACUGCCUGGGCCAGGUGUGCCUCAAAGACCGGGGCACCGCUGACAAUGCCACCGCUGGGGCCGGUGUGCCUGGGUUGAUCACCCAGGACGUUGAUGUGGAAAUAGCCGAUACUACUACGGAGCUGGAUGAGACUGUUCGGCGAGGGGAGCGACCUAAGAUCAGCGAUUCUUCCCCUGACUGCUUCCAGCUGAAACCGGGCCUCGGGGAGUCUGGUAGCGCGGUGACAAUAACAGCUCCCAGCAGGGAUAUACCUCCCAUAGUUGCACCCCAGGUUCCUCCACACCAGGAGGAGGCAAUCAAAAGCAACGACCUCCUAACCUCUGGGGCAACAAAUCCUCCAGUCAAAGACUGCACUGGAAUCUCGGACCCCCUCCUCCUGCAGCCUGACAAAGGAGUGCUAUUUCAGGACAAAAGUGAAGAGGCCUCACUGGAUCUGGUUUUUGAGCUGCUCACUCAGCUCCAAUAUCACACACACCAGUCAGACUCAGUGGACAUUUGUGUGGAUUUCCUCCAGGGACUGUGCGUUUAUGGCAAUGACUGUGCCCACCACCACACCGUCCUGCCCUACCACUGGCAGAUCCGCAAGAGCAGCAGCCAGACCUGGCAGAGCAUAGCAGAUGACUCCCAGGAACAGCUGGAGAGACUGUACUGCAACCCUGACAAUGAGCAAGUCAGGCUAAAGUAUCAGGGUCGAGUGUUUGCCCUAGACUUUGGGACGAUGCGAGUGUGCGACCUCGAGUUUGACUGCGUCCGACGACUGAGCACCCCCCCCAGCCCUCUACCCCUGCCUGCGAUGAACCCAAACCCCACCCCCAGCUGUCACACAGUGUGGAAGUACUACUGCAGAGACAAUUUUGGCUGGAGGGAAUACUCCGAGCCUGUGGUUAAGCUCAUAGAGGAGGCGAGUUCGAGAGGUCUUAAGGAGGUGAGGUUCAUUACGCUCCAGAACCAGUAUAUCCUCAACAUCAGGGAGGGCUUCCAGCAGAACGCAGUCUUCGGGUUCCGACGUCAGAUCAAGAAGCGGCCCAUGUUCAUGUCCUCCGUGAUUCUCACACCACACCUACAGACUUUGAGCGGCCUCUCUCUAUCUCCUCUCAGCUGUUCGUCGUCCUCUUCCUCAUCCUGCUCAUCAUCCUCUUCCUCCUCCUCAUUAUCAUCAUCCUCCUCCUCUUUGUCCAUGGACCUUCCUGCGUCAUAUCCCCUCUCGCCAACUACCACCAACCCACCCAGCCUUUUUCCUGAAACGUGGUUGCCAAUGACCAUGAGCCAGGACUUCCUUCAGGUGCCGGUUUCCCGCGAAGACCGCAGCUACAGGACGGUGUACAGCCUGUUCCACAAGACGGUUUCGGAGACCAAGUUCAGGAUCAUCAAGAUCCUACGUGUGCAGAACCCCUUCCUAUGGGAGAAGUAUAAGAGGAAGAAGGAGUACAUGUCGCGGCGCAUGUCGGAGAGGGACCGGCAGCUGAGCGAGCGUCACCUCUUCCACGGCACCUCGGCCGACGUGGUGGAGGGCAUCUGCAAGCACAACUUCGACCCCCGAGUCUGUGGCAAACACGCCACCAUGUUCGGACAGGGAUCCUACUUUGCCCGUAAAGCUGUCUACUCGCACAACUUCUCCAAACGCUCGCCGAAAGGAGUCCACUGCAUGUUCCUGGCCAAAGUCCUCACUGGAAGGUAUACUGUAGGAAAUCCCUCUAUGCGACGGCCUCCACCUAUCAACCCUCGUGACGCCUCUAGCGACCUCUAUGACUCCUGCGUGGACAACUGGAUGGACCCCCAGAUCUUUGUCAUCUUCAAUGAUGACCAGAGCUACCCUUACUUCAUCAUUCACUAUGAGGAGGUGCCCAGUACAGUCGCUGUCUGAGCCAAGAUUGCAACGCGGUGUCUGUAUUUGCAAACACUUAAUGUGCAGAGUCUGUUCAGGUUGUAGAUGAGUGGAUCUACUCAUCUACAGCCACUUUAAAAUAACAAUUAAGACGAAUUAAAAAGAAAGUAUAUGUCCACUUUGGUUUAACAGACUCUAUUGUAAUCGGUUUGUUACACUAAAUUUAAUCCAACUGAAGGUGAAACCAGUCGAAACAGACUAAAAAAUGUUUGCAAAUACUCGGUGUUCCCGGUCUGUAGUCAGCUGGAUCCACCUAGCCUGGACUGCAUCAAGGAAUAACAGACCGGAUUCAUCUGGACGAAACUGGACUAGCAAAGGACACACCUGUUUUAAUCUACUGUUCAGAGGUGGAUGACAACUGAAAACAGCUGCAACAGACUUGAGUGGACUCGUAUAGCACACUUUGUCUGCUGUGGACAAGUGAUUAUCGUCACUUUGGAAAAAGACGAAAUGUACUUAUUUGGAGCAGAUGCAGGUAAAACCCAAUCUAGCCCGCACCCCCACACUUAGCCUAGCCUGGCUGCCCCUCCUUGAGCCUGCUUCUGAUGGAGGUCCCUUCCUGUUAAAAGGGAGUUCUUCCACCCCGCUGUUGCCAAGUGCUUGCUGACGAGAGCCUGUUGGGUUUCUCUCUGUAAUACUGUGGGGUCCUUACCUUACAUUAUAAAGCGCCUUUGGGAUGACUGUUGUUCUGAACCUGCGCUUAUAUAAAUAAAUAAAUUUAAUUGGGUAAUUUUGACUUGUACAUGAUCGUGGUUCCCACUGGACAAACGCUGUAGUAGACAGUUGGCGUCCUCUCAGUACUGUGAAUGACCACCUGGCCACAUUAUUAUUUUGAGGAAGCUGCAACAGACCAAUCAGAGGCUUCCACAGAGAAGCUGUUGGAAACCCUGACCCUCCUGUUAAAGUGUUUACCCAGCCUCCGACCCAUUUUCAAGUAUAUGUGCUGCGUGUAUGAAUCUUUUAAGUUUAACAGACAUUUAUUUUGUGGCCUCUUCUUACCAGAGGUGGAUGUGAGUUUCAGAGGGACUUUCCACAUACUGUUAACCUCAUGGCAGAGGAUUCACGUGAAGCUAGUGCUGCUCCCGGAUGCCGUUUUAGCUGUUGUGCCCACCGCUUAGGCUCCUUUGAGGGGCUGAGGCGUGUACGUCAUGCUGAGACAUAAUGCUGCUGCAACGGCGGCAGCGCUGUAGCGUUCUGUCAACAAACCCCCUUGAAACUCAUCUCUCUCGGAUUGCUCUGUCGCUCAGAGACGGUAGAAUUUCUUUUUGUUUUUGAGACAAGGUGUACAGGCGUUCUUUGUUUAUAUUUGAACUGUGUGCCUUUUGUUCAUAAAAAUGUUUAUUUAUGUUAGUUUAAUGUAACAUUGGUUAAAUAAAAGAAUCUAAAAGAGAAAAUGA